CAACUUGUCUUCUGUUAUGAUGGCAACCAGUGGCCAGAGGUCAAAAGAGGGCACCAUGUGUCUACAAGAGACCAUUGGAUGGUCAAGCCCACACAAUGUAUCCUGGAUGCCUUCAACAUCUUUCUGCUGUCCCAGGCUGUGGGGGAAGCUGAAGUGCAGCUAGCCUUGAUGAACAAUGCAGGGAUUGUUGAUGCUGUCAUGAUUGAUGACAGUGAUGUCUUUGUCUUUGGAGCUAAGACAGUCCUUCAA